CGAAAAGACUGGAGAUGAAAGUGAAGCAGUGGUGUCGUAUCAUUCAUACCAUGAUUUAACCGAUUUUUAGUUCAGUCGUAGAAAUCCAGUAUUAAAAUAAUACCAAGCGGUAUUCAUACAUAUAUUUCUGACCAUACCAAUGUGGUACUGAUAACUGAGAUCAGUUUUAUCAUAUUAGCAGCAAAUUUUUACGGACCGGUACAAUUUUAAUACCAAGAUUUCUAACAGUGUUGUAUUUUUUACUUAAUUUUUAAUUAAUUUCGAUAUUUAUAUUCUUAUUAAAGUAAUCAAAUCACGAUGUUUUGUUGCUCAUUUUGUUUGUCAUUGUUCAACUGGAUAAUUAUUACGGCAGUGAUCUCAUUCGGGAUUAAGUUUUUAAUUAAGAAACUUCGGGGUCAUGUCGAUAUUACGAAUGAAGUUGAUAUUUCCGGGAAAACUGUGAUUGUUACUGGAGCGUCGGAUGGGAUAGGGAAAGCUACGGUGGAGGAAUUCGCAACACGUGGGGCCAGAGUUAUCCUGGCGUGUAGAAAUUUGCAAAAGGCAGAGAGAUGUGUGCAACAGAUACGAUCGAGGACGACAAAUGGGGAAUUGAUUGCCCUUCACCUGAAUCUUUCCUCACUAAAAUCCGUGCGAAAUUUUGUCACUGAAUUCAACCAAAAGUAUGGAGACAAAGGGUUAUCAAUCCUUGUGAAUAAUGCCGGCGUUGGAAAUCCUCUCGGAGUACGAAAACUCACCGAAGACGGGUUUGAAGAAAGUUUCGGUGUUAAUCAUUUGGGCCACUUUCUCCUGACGAAUUUACUCCUGCCACAACUGGAUAAAGCGGCUAAGGAAGAAGAGAUGCCGAGCCGAAUCGUCACCGUGAGCUCGGGAGCUGCUCGCUUUGGGAAACUCAACUUUGAGGAUUUAAUGUUCGAGAAGACUCCCUUUGUCGACACGGCGUUCUUUUCACAAUUCCUCUGCAACUCGAAACUUGCCAAUAAUCUGUUCAACUUGGAACUUGCGAAAAGAUUGAGGGCAAAGAAGGUCAAUGUUCGCAGUUAUGCGGUCUGUCCAGGCGUCGUGGAGACAAAUACGGUGUUGGAAUUCCCAUUUCCGCCCGUGGUCAAGAUUGUACUUUGGAUUACGAGGUUCUUCAUGGGAAAGACGCCGAAAGAGGGAGCCGAGACAACCGUUUAUUGUUCUACCAGCAAAUACCUUACACACCACAGUGGUGAAAUGUAUAGAAACUGUGAAUUCUGGGAUUACAGCAAAAGACCCAAACUGAACGAACAAGAUGCAAAACUACUUUGGGAAAAGAGUGAAAAACUUGUUUUGCUCGGUCGAGAUGAGAGUAUGCUUUAAGUUUCGCCGUUUUACCAAUAUAUUUACAAACCUUGUUGAAUUGCCUAUGUACAUAAUUAUUAUGCAAUCCGAAAUGCAUAUGCAUUUAUUUAGGCGACAGUUUGUUGACUUUAGGGUGAAGUAAUUACCCUUAACCUCUAUUAAUUUAAUUCCAUAAUUAUUUUAGCCUAGUGUAAUAAUAAUAAUAAAAGCUAAAAAAAAUUCUCGCAUA